GAGAACUGUAUUUUCUUUCAUCCUAUCACCCCCCCAGUCCAUCAGCCUGAUCGAGCGAGGCAACCCGUCCCGUAGCCUGGAGCAGGUGUGUCGCUGGGCCAACACGCAGCAGCGCCGGGACCCCGAUCACGCUGAGUACCAUGACCAUGCCAUCUUCCUCACAAGGCAAGAUUUUGGUCCCGCAGGUAUGCAAGGUUACGCCCCGGUGACGGGCAUGUGCCACCCUCUGAGGAGCUGCACCCUGAACCACGAGGACGGAUUCUCCUCGGCCUUUGUGGUCGCGCACGAGACCGGACAUGUGUUAGGUAUGGAACAUGACGGACAGGGGAAUCGCUGUUCUGACGAGACCAGUAUGGGGAGUAUCAUGGCACCGCUGGUCCAAGCGGCCUUCCAUCGCUACCACUGGUCACGCUGCAGCAAGCAGGAACUGAACCGAUACAUCCACUCUUAUGACUGUCUCCUGGACAACCCUUUUGAACACAAGUGGCCCAAGCUUCCUGAGCUGCCCGGGAUUAACUACUCCAUGGACGAGCAGUGUCGCUUUGAUUUCGGCGUGGGCUACAAGAUGUGCACCGCUUUCCGGACCUACGAUCCCUGCAAGCAGCUGUGGUGUAGUCACCCUGACAACCAGUACUUUUGUAAGACGAAGAAGGGUCCGCCGGUAGAUGGGACAGAGUGUGCACCGGCGAAGUGGUGCUUCAAGGGUCACUGUAUCUGGCGGUCCACUAACCAACCGCAGGGCCAUGACGGUAGCUGGGGGUCCUGGACUAAAUUUGGGUCCUGCUCCAGAACCUGUGGGGGCGGAGUACGCUCCCGGAGCAGAACUUGCAACAACCCUGCGCCUGCGUACGGCGGUCGGGAUUGCCCCGGGUCCACUUUUGAUUACCAGAUGUGCAACACGGAGGAGUGUGCCGGACCGUACGAAGACUUCCGCGCUCAACAGUGUGUCCAGAGGAGCAACAAAUACCACAAGAACACCAAGCACACGUGGCUACCCUACGAACACCCAGAUGAGGCUCACAAGUGUGAGUUGAGCUGUCAGUCCAAAGAGACCGGUGAGGUGGUGGUCAUGAACCAGGUGAUGCAUGAUGGGACGCGGUGCAGCUACACAGACCCCUUCAGUGUCUGCACCCGGGGGGAAUGUCUGAAUGUGGGCUGCGACAAAGAGGUUGGCUCGUACAAACAAGAAGACAAGUGUGGAGUCUGUGGGGGGGACAACUCCCACUGUCGCACUGUUAAACUGACACUCACCAAGAUGCCAAAGAAAACAGGCAUGCUGAAGAUGUUUGACAUUCCGAUUGGUGCCCGGCACAUCGUUAUAGAGGAGAAUGAGACGUCCCCCCACAUAAUUGCUGUUAAGAAUCAAGUCACUGGCAGCUUCAUAUUGAAUGCAAAAGGCGAAGAUGCCAAGUCCAAAACCUUCAUCGAGAGCGGUUUGGAGUGGGAGUACGUCUUUGGAAGCGGCGAGAAAGAAACCCUGAAAACAAUCGGCCCCCUUCAUGAGGGCAUUGUUGUCCUGGUCAUUCCCCAGGAGGAGGACACUAAGAUCAGUCUGACAUAUAAGUACAUCAUCCAUGAGGACCUGCUGCCGGUCAUCACCAAUAACAACGUUCUCCUGGCCGAGCUGGAUACCUACGAAUGGGCCCUGAAGAGCUGGUCGCAGUGCUCCAAACCCUGUGGGGGAGGUAUACAGUACACCAAAUACGGCUGCAGGAGGAAGAGCGACAGUCGACUGGUGCACCGGAACUUCUGCGAAACCAGCAAGAAGCCCAAACCCAUCCGGAAACGGUGCAACGUGAACGAGUGCAGCCAGCCAACGUGGUUGGUAGAGGAGUGGAGCCCGUGCAGUAAGACGUGUGGGAAGCUUGGCUACCAGUCCAGGGUAGUUCAGUGUAUGCAGGCCCUCCACAACGGCACCAAUCGGACGGUCCACACUAAGUACUGUACAGAGGACAGGCCUGAGACGAGGAAGGUCUGUAACCCCUCUGCCUGCCCUGCGCAGUGGAGGACAGGGGCCUGGUCACAGUGUUCAGUAAGGUGUGGAGAGGGGAUUCAACAGAGACAGGUUGUGUGUCGAGCCACAGACAACACCAUCGGCCAGUGUGAGGGAGACAAGCCUGAAACUGUCCUCAUCUGUAAACUGAGCCCGUGUCCAG